UGCGUCGCACCGACCACUUGCAAAUUCGACGACUAGACCAUCAUCACCAUGCUCGCCUUCGCCACCACCGUCGCUGUGAUGGCCGCCUUGGCGUAUGCCGACGUGGACUGCACGACAUAUGCCGUCACGACGCAAAGCUCGUACUCGACCGUGUGCACUGACACUGCCCAAAACAACAACAAGGUGCAUGUGUGGCCGGUGGGUCAGCCUGCCACGUACUGCCACGGGUGGGAAGCCUCCGACCAAGGCGGCAACAAGGAAAAGAUGAGCGCCAACUCGAUCAAGUGCUCACCGGAUGCGUCCAUCUUGUACUACACCCUCUAUUACGGCGUGAUCGACUGCGGCGCCAUCACCAAGCCCAACAAGGUGGAGGAACGCAACUACACGUCGACGUGCGAGAAGGGUGAUGACAACACGUACGGCCUCGCGCUCGACCUGAGCUGCUGCGACACCCGGGGCGCGGGCUUCUACAAGUGCCAGAAGGCGGCUCCGUCGGUCCAGUUCUCGUCCAACUUGGGCAACCCCAACUACUACGCGAACGGGUUGCUGUGCCUCAACGCCAACACGUCGAAAGCGUCCACCACCAUGGUUGCCGCCCCCACCACUGCCAAGACCGCCGCGACCACCGCCGCCCCGGUGGUCCCGACUGCCAAGCCUGCUACCACCACCGUCACCGCCACGGGGUCUGCGUCCGUCGCGGCAAUUAGCGCCAUGUCGCUCGUGAUUGCCGCCCUCGCCUUGUAAUUCCGUGAAUAUAUUUGUGUUGUCACGAGAGUGGCAUACUGUCCAA